AUGCAAACCUUCGGCCGAUUUCUUGUCUCCCUUGUGGCCGCCAGCAGUCUUGCUGCAGGUGCGCCAAAGGAAUCCUUUCCAUCUAAAAAUGGAAAGUUUUCAAUUACAGCAAAACACAACGUCAACUUCGAGCGUAAUGGGCCACUCGCUUUGGCCAAGGCUUACAAUAAACUCGACAAGCCUGUACCCCAGGAUAUUGCCGACGCUGUUACCAGAAUUCAACAGAAGAGAGAGACGGGCUCAGUUACAAAUACCCCCAACAAACACGAUCAGGCGUACCUCGCUCCAGUACAGAUUGGCACACCACCACAAACGCUUAACCUGAUAUUUGACACAGGCUCUGCUGAUUUCUGGGUGUUUAGCAAUGAGACAGCUUCCAACGAGGUCAAAGGUCAAAUUCCAUAUGACCCCAAGAAAAGCUCGACGUCGAAACGGAUGAGUGGUGCCUCUUGGAGCAUUGAAUACGCUGAUAAUGGGACCAGCGUAAGCGGUGACGUCUAUACGGACAUCGUCACCGUCGGUGGCUUGUCUGUUAAGUCACAGGCAUUUGCGUCUGCCAAGAAUAUAUCAGCAUACCUUAGCAGAAGUUUGGCUGCUUCUGGAAUACUCGGCCUGGCAUUUAGCAAGGCCAACAGGAUUAAGCCUCAAAAGCAGCAGACAUUUUUCGAUAAUGCGAAGGCCACGUUGGAUGCACCAUUAUUUACGGUCGACCUUAAGCAUCAAGCAGACGGGAAGUAUAACUUUGGAUAUAUUGAUUCCUCUGCGCAUACUGGACUUAUCGCUUAUACCUCGGUUGAUAGUACUAUUGGCGGGUGGGGCUUUACCUCCCCUGGCUUUGCUGUCGGUGACGGAAGUUUUACGAACUUAUCAAUUUCUGGUAUUAUUGAUACUGGCGCUACCCUGCUUCUACUUCCAGACAAUGUUGUUAAGGCCUACUAUUCUAAGGUCAAGGGUGCUAGCUAUGACGAGUCAGAACGUGGUUAUACUUUUGGCUGCUCUACUACCCUCCCCAGCUUUUCAUUCUGGGUGGGGAACUCUACCAUCACCAUCCCUGGGUCGUAUAUGAACUACCAGGCAACUAAUGACUCUGGCAAGACAUGCUUCGGUGGUCUGCAGAGCAGUUCGGGUUAUGGCGUUAGCAUUUUUGGCGAUGUCGCGUUAAAGGCAGCAUUUGUUGUAUUCGACGCCGGUAAUAACCGGCUGGGAUGGGCCGCCAAGAAUCUCUGA